CUAGAAGAGUUACUACCAAGGGCUACCAAUUACUAUAAUAACCCCACAACUACAUAGCCAAGAUAGAAGCUUAGACAAGUAUAAUAUAUUGUAAGCCCGGCGAUAUAUACGCUAGACAAGUACAAGUCCUACAUCGCCUAAUAACCUGUGGCGAUUAACUACUCUCCUCUAAGUUAGUAGCUACGUGAAGAGCAGCAGCGAACAUACCCGCGGCUUUCGCAGAUAGCGAUUGACAUCCUGUUAGUACCGGCUAUGUCUGUUGAGCCUGAGCGUGUCUUUUCUAGAGCAAGACGUACGAUUUCGUGGGACAGAUACCAGCUAGGUGCAAAUACGAUUGAAAGGGGAGAGUGUAUGAAGAGCUGGAUUAAAAGUAGAAUAACACAAAGCGUUGUCGUAGAUGCACCAGAUCAGGACAUGGACGAGGGUAGCGAUAGAGAAGACAGUCAGGAUCCGGCAACAUAGGCUAGUUCUACGACAGGUUCAGUAUAGUUCUGUUCAUGACGUCAUUUAUUGUUAAUCUAUAAAUAUGGAAUAAGUUCCAUACGAGUCGGGAGUUCGUAAUCCAUACCGAGAACCUUCCAUAUGGAGUAUGGAAUAUGGAUAGAAAGCCUGAGUGACAAUAUCCACACCACACUGAACUCGGCCUCAAAGGAAGAGGAGACACAAGCACAUCUCUCCUGGCUCCGCACUUACCCUGAUGGGCUUAUCGUUUACUCGGACGGUUCGAAGCUCGAAGACAAUAAAGCAGGUUAUGGCUAUGUUGUCUAUUGGAAUGGGACUGAGAUUGACAGAGGAUCUCGGCAACUCGGCUCUAGAGAGGUUUUCGAUGCUGAGAUCUCCGGUACUCUACGCGGCCUCCGGCAAGCUAUUAAGCACUGCACCCCUAGCACUCUGAUUACUGUAUGUAUUGACAACUCGUCCGUGGUACGUGGCAUCGGAGGCACCGCCCCCAUGUUAUCUCGUGCUGAAUUCCUCGCUUUCCAAGCUAUUUGAGAUGAAUUCCCUGGCAGAAUAUCAGUUAGAUUUACCCCCUGACAUAAAGACAUACCUGGCAACGAAGCAGCAGAUGCUCUAGCCAAGAAAGGGGCCGCAGGGCCUCUUCGAGAUCUUGCACCAUCAAUUGCGCAGCGACGGCGCGAGAUCCGCGCUUUGCUCCCCCGUCUCUUUCGCACAUGGUGGGAAUCGGUAGAAAAGAGAACCUACUAGUCUCUUGGACCUACCGCUGACCUAUUAAAGUUCCCAGAACUCGAUAUCCCCCGACGACAACUCCGACAUCUCCUCGCUGCACGGUCUCACCACGGCGACUUUGCCUCGUACUAUCAGCGCUUCCAUCAUGAUAACGCUACACUGGAGUGCCCAUGUAGCUAUGAGAAGACUCUAAUAUAUUUGUUCUACUGCCGAAAGGUCCCUCUAGGCUUUCGAGCUCGGCUCGCACCCGAUACAUCGAAGUCUAUCGGUCGCUUUCUCGGCUCGCAGUUCAAGGUGUUCUGUCGAAUCGCGGACGUGUACUUCAAUAGAAUCUGCACACGUAGGUAGUAAUACCUCCACUCAACCGCCCGGCAGUGAUGCGUCAUUAUCACUCCUUAUAGGAGCUUUCCUUUCUACCAGCAUACUUUCCUUUGUCGGCCGACCAGCCAUUCCCUUACCUAGAUAGAAAAUACUGCUUGGGAAAGACACCCACUACUCACAGAGUGCACUGGCCCCCAAUUAAGAAGCCAGAAGUCAAUAGGGGCACCUAGAGCCCUCUCUGGAUCCCGCGUCGGGUGAGGAGUUGGAAAAUUAUCGUGUUACUGUGGUUUGUUUAAGGAAGGGACGUGGAGCAAGAAUCCCAAGGGGUGGGCCCUCGGCUCGGCGUCGUCACGUUUCGUGGCGGCUGGCGCCGCGUACGCGGGAGUUCGG